AUGUCCGUCUCCAAUCAUGUACAAAGUGCUUCACCAGCGAAAAUUCUUACUUAUGAAAGUAUUAACCCUCAUGUAAAGAGGGUAGAGUACGCUGUUCGUGGUGAAUUGGCAAUUCGUGCUGAACAAAUCAAAGAUGAAUUAUCUAAAGAAAAUUCACAUAACUACGACUUCGACGCUGUUGUUAAUUGUAAUAUCGGCAAUCCACAACAAUUAAAGCAAAAACCCAUAACUUUCUUCCGUCAGGUCGCUUCUUUAACAGAAUAUCCUGAUCUUUUAUUACCUGAAAAUCGUGAACAAGUUGAAGCAUUGUAUCCUACAGAUGCAAUUGAACGCGCACAAAAAUUACUUAAGGAAAUCGGAAGUGUCGGUGCAUAUUCUCAUUCUCAAGGAAUUCAUUAUAUAAGGAAUAAUGUCGCAAAAUUCAUCGAAGAACGUGAUGGGUACCCCGCAAAUCCAAAUGAUAUCUUUCUUACUCAGGGCGCUUCUGCAGGUGUUCAAGCCGUGCUUCAACUUAUUAUCACACAUUCUAAUGUUGGUAUUAUGAUACCAAUACCACAAUAUCCUCUUUAUACUGCUACUUUGGCACUAUAUGACGCGCAGCCUGUACCAUACUAUUUAAAUGAAGAAGAAGAUUGGGGAUUAGAUCUGAGUCAAUUGGCCUCUUCACUCUCCGUGGGACGUUCUAAAGGGUUAGAUGUUCGUGCGCUUGUUAUUAUUAAUCCUGGUAAUCCUACUGGUCAAUGUUUGACUGAACAUAAUAUGCGUGAAAUUGUAGAUUUCUGCCAUAAUGAACAUAUUGUUUUAUUGGCAGACGAGGUUUAUCAAACAAAUAUUUAUCAACCUGAUGAACGCCCAUUCCAUUCUUUUAAAAAAGUCAUUCGAUCAAUGGGAAAAAAAUAUGAGCGAUUUGAAUUAUUUUCUUUCCAUUCAGUUUCCAAAGGCAUGAUAGGGGAAUGUGGAAGGAGAGGGGGAUAUUAUGAAUGUACCAAUAUUGACUCUCGUAUCAUCGAAGAACUUUAUAAAAUGGCAUCAGUUAGUCUUUGUCCAAAUGUUCAAGGACAAAUCAUGGUAGAUUUAAUGGUUCAACCACCAAAACGUGGUGAUAAAAGUUAUACAUCAUACCAAAAAGAAUUGAAUGAAAUUUAUGAGAGUUUACGAAGGAGAAGCAUGAAACUAAGUGAAUGCUUCAAUCAAUUGGAGGGCGUUACAUGUAAUAAUGCUCAGGGAUCAAUGUAUCUUUUCCCUCAACUUCGUUUGCCACAAAAGGCAAUUGAAGCUGCUCAUCAAGCAGGCAAAAAACCUGAUGAAUUUUAUUGUUUAGCUAUGCUUGAUGCAACAGGUGUAUGUGUUGUUCCCGGUAGUGGAUUUGGUCAAAAAAAUGGCACUUGGCACUUCAGAAGUACAUUUUUACCACCUGAAGAGCUACUUGAUGGAUUUUGUAUAAAAUUGCAAAAAUUUCAUAAUGAAUUUUUAGAAAAGUAUUGUGAUUGA